AAUCUGAAUAAUUUCUGUCAAAUUAUAUUUAAAGAAACUCAAUUAAUACUCAAAUAAAUCAUACAUGUGAAGCAAUUAAGUUGACUGGUAGCAAUCAAUAAUAAAAGUCAAGAAGAGAAGUUGUUUUACACAGCCUGACGACUCAUCCUCUGUUUAAAAGCGUUUAAUAUUAUCUAUAUGUCAUUACAUUAACAGAUAAACAGAUCGACUACAUUUAUUGUUUAAACUUGGUGCGGUCAAUGAGAAUGAUCCGCAUUGAUUGAGUUCAAAGAUAUUAGAGAUCCCAAAAAUAUAACCUAUUAGGUACCAUGGAUGAUUUGUACAUUGCAGUUGUAUGUUCAUCUAACAUGAAUCGCAGCAUGGAAGCUCAUGCAUUCCUUGUAAAGAAAGGAUUUAAAGUAAAAUCUUUUGGUACAGGUGAAAAGGUCAAACUCCCUGGAGCAUCUGCUGAUCGCCCCAAUUGUUAUGAGUUUGGAAUACCAUAUGAUGAUAUCUAUAACGAUUUGUUGGAAAAGGAUAAAUCAUACUAUACACAAAAUGGUUUGCUACAUAUGCUAGACCGCAAUAGAAGAAUCAAACCUAGCCCAGAAAAAUUCCAAGUAUCAACAGAACGAUUUGAUGUAAUUAUUACAUGUGAAGAAAGAGUUUAUGAUCAAGUUAUUGAAUGGUUUGGGUCAAGAAGAUCUGUGUUUAACCAGCCAGUACACGUUAUUAACAUUGAUAUUCAAGAUAAUCAUGAAGAAGCAACUAUAGGAGCCUUUUUGAUCAGCGAUAUGGUCACUAAAAUGGCUCAAAGUGAUGAUCUAGACAAUGAUAUUGAUGAAUUGUUGCAUGAUUUUGAAGGAAAAUGUCAAAGACCAAUUUUGAAUUGUAUAAUGUUUUAUUGACAAUUAUUUUAUCACACCCAAAACAUUAUAAAUGAACCUAGAUGCACCUUCCUAUAUUAUCCUUCCUACAAAAGAACCCCUCAAGUUCUAUGAAUUAAUGUCUCAAAACACUUUUAUACUUUUAAUUACAUUAGUCUUAUGACAAGGUGUAUUUUACAGCUGGAAUUGAAGUGUGAUAAGGUAAACUUUUUAAUAGCCGUUUGCAGUAUUUUGUUUACAGGGCAGGUUGGCAUAACAUUAAAUGGUAAUAAUGGUAUUGGUGGAUAUGUAGAUAUGAAAUUUUCUCUUCAAGCCCAUUAUCUGUUCACCUUUUGUGAUUAUCAUAUAUAUUUUCAUGCUGCAUGCUGUUGUAAUCUCUGUAUCCAAUUUCGAAAACGUUCAAAUUUAUGCAUAUUACGCAUCCACGUAGAAAAAUACGCCAUCGCGCAUUCAAAAUAAUAAGUAAAUUCCAUGACAUGUGACAAGACUAAGGACUACUGUCCACCGAGGCGUCGCAUCAUAAGCGCAUAUUCGUCAUUAUAAGCUUGGAGUAUGUAUGCUUGCUUGCAGCUUACAUACAAGUAACUCCCUAUUUUUAUCAAGUAGGCUCCCUAUUUUUUAUCAAUUUUAACGUUCUUAAGUGCCAAAUACUGGCCAAAAUUUAAUAAAUAGGUAUUUUUUAUUUGAUAUGAAACACUGUCUACAUUGCUCCAACGUCACACUCGCGUCGCGACAGUGUUUCAGUUUUGUAUGCAGCAAUGAAGCGUAGGUACACCAAGUGUAUGAUAACGAAUACGCGCUUAUGUUCACUAAUCCCCGUUGACGGGGAUUGUCAACGGGGAAUAGUAGAUUAAGCCAUAAAGCGGCUAAGCGACGCUUCCGUGGACAUUAGGCCUUAAUAUAGACGCCCCCACCCCGCUGUCCGCAGGCGCUGGCAUAGGCAAGAAGACGCGACGCGUUCGAAACGCGCAAGUUUGGAGGAGGCCUUAAUGCCACGCAGCAUUGUCAGUCUUCCGAGUUCAGGUAGGUACCGAUAUUAGACACGAAAAAUUUGUAGAGCAAUCGUGUUGGACUUGCUACCGCGUGAUGUACUUACCUAAGUGAGGUGCUGAUAUCGCUACCUACAUUGCAUCACUACGUGAAUAUCACAGAAAACGCCUAAAUAUUUAAAACUCCGGUUAUUAUACGUACCUACUAAAUGUUUCGCUAAUUGUGACCAUCAAGUCCGUAAUUGAGUUCAGUGAGUGUUAAAUGUUAAUCUAAUAUUCGUUUGGUUUUUCGAGAGCAUUUUACGAUCGCUUUGCUAGGGCUACGCCCGGCCCUCAUGAUUUGUACAAAACUUGAUAGUAUGUAAGCAUGCAAAUCCAUAAUCAAUGACUGUUGUAUUGUUUUGAGACUGAUUCUAGGACGCGUGGUCAUUAUGCGGAUUCGCAUGAUACUGUUGAUAGAAAAUUACACUCGUCUGUCGAGUGAGGACUGUGGAAAAUGCUCAUUUUGUAAUAUUUAUGGUAAAUAGAGACUAGAGUAUUUACUUUAUAAAAGGAAAACCUUUCACGAACCAAACGUCGUACAUUUUACCUGUAUUGUACCACCGUAAGAACGUAAUAAUAUUACAUAGAAAUGCUCUAGUCUAUACUCACCUUUACUCGAUCUAAUCGUGACACCACUAUAUAAUGAUUGACGAUGUAACUUGUUGACUAGCUAAGCUACCAGCAGAUUCGGAUAGCCCUAGUUAUGCUCUACCUCUGGGCUACGGUUUGACACUGCAUUUUGGGACACCCUGUAUAUUACUUUUGAUACUAAGUAGGUACCACUCGUCAUAACACUUUGUGUUAAAAGUCGUCUACUCUCAUAACGUAUAGCCUAUACCUCUAACUUGCCAACCUGCCCUCAACCCAUUUCCGGUCUAGGAUUCACGCCACGUUGAACUACUAUUAUUGUACAUACACAUAAUAUGUCUAAUUUUAACCACGAGGAAACUUAGCCUGCAUCUCACUUGAUGAAAAGUGAUGAUCGCAGUCCUCGAUAUCGUGGCGCGCAUCCUGAUAUAAAAUUGAUAACGUCAAC